AGAGCCAUAUUCACAGCUUUGAUCGUUGAAUAUAUGUAAAGAAUACUUGACUUAAACUUUUGUUCUAUAUAUAUAACAGCCUGUUCUCAUCAAGUACACGAGGUUGAGAUUGCUGGGAUAAUUAGCUGUUAAUGGCUAUAAUGAAGAAUUCGAUGGUGAGUAUUUUAGUUGGGCUAUGGAUGAUCAGUUGUUUCGUUGAAGCUGAAAAAGGAGAUUAUGUGCCAGCCAUGUUUGUGUUGGGAGAUUCCCUAGGAGAUGCAGGGACUAAUAAUUAUAUACCAAACUGUAGACUUCGUGCAAACUUCAAACCAUAUGGCGUCUCGUAUUUCCACUACCCAACUGGUCGUUUUACAGAUGGUCGCACCACUUUCGACUUUGUGGCUACCUACUUGGGGCUUCCAUUUAGCCCUCCAUAUCUGCAGCCAAAGGCAGAUUUUAGCAGAGGGAUAAAUUUUGCAUCGGCAGGUUGUGGAUUGCUUGACUCAACAGCAGCUGAUCAGAAUGUUCUCCCAAUGAGUCACCAAGUAGCUCAGUUCGAACACUUUUCUUUAUCCCUGAGGAAGACAUACCCAUCUGGAGCUGCGCAAGCCAAAUCCUACCUUAAAAAAUCUAUAUACUGCAUUUCAAUUGGAACAAACGACAUUGGUGACUACGUAGCAAACGAUACUAGCCAAAACACUACUACUCCUCAAGAGUUUGUUGCAUUGCUGCUUUCCAAAUUUGAUCAGUACAUCACUAGGCUUUAUCGGGCUGGGGCAAGGAAAUUCCUUGUAAUGAAUAUCCCGGCUUUCGCAUGUGAUCCUGAUUUCAGAUUUAUGAAUAAUGGUGAAUGUUCGGAGACUGCAAACCAGCUACAUGUGGCAUAUAACACUGGUUUGAAGUCACAUGUGGCUCACCUUAGCCAAAAGCUGUCUGGGUUAACUAUCAUAACAUUUAAAGCUUAUGAUAUUCUCUUGAACAUACUUAAAAACGGUGAAGCCUAUGGCUUCACAGAGACAAAGUCAGCAUGUUGUGGAUCGGGAUUAUUUAAUGCAGAAGUACGCUGUGGAAGGACGACUCCAAACGAUUUGUUCUGCCAUGAUAUAAAUGCAUAUGUGUUCUGGGAUUGGAUACAUCCAACUGACAAGGUUUAUUACAUGUUUUCACAGCAGAUUUGGAGCGGAAAUUCUUCUAUCAUCUACCCAUUUAAUCUCUCUACGCUAAUCUCAGGGAAGAAGGCUUCUGGUUUCUAAGAAUGCACAAACUCUGUAUUCUUAUUUAUAGCCUCCGAUAGCAUAACUAUAUUUGCUAUAGAAAUGAUAAUAUAUUUAAUCAUUAUUCUAAAUGAUAUUAUAUAAUAAACAGGAGGUUUUUCAUCCCUUAAAAUAA